AUAAAAAGCAAAAUAUUAUUAACGAAAAAAAAAUAAACUGCCGACCCGGACCCGUUGGGGAAGUUGGGAAUCCACCCGAAGGUGAAUAAAGUUGAAAGAGAAGGGUGGCCAAAGCUACCGCUUCCUCUUCGUCUUCCUGUUCCAGAUUGAUAAAAUUUCUGCAACUUGUUUCUUCAAUUUUACCUGACUGAUUAGCCCUCGGUUACACACGGCCAUGGCUUCCUUGUUUAAGGAGCAAUCGAAGCUUUCGCAGUACCGGGAUAGACGGUUUCCCGGUUCACAGGAGGAAUUUGAACAAGCCCUCCUGGCAUCAACCACUGUUUACAUUGGGAAUAUGUCCUUCUAUACGACAGAAGAGCAAGUUUAUGAGCUCUUCUCUCGCGCCGGAGAAAUUAAGAAGAUAAUUAUGGGCUUGGAUAAGAAUACAAAGACGCCUUGUGGUUUUUGUUUUGUUUUAUACUAUUCUCGAGAGGAUACUGAGGAUGCUGUCAAAUAUAUAAGCGGGACUAUUCUUGAUGAUCGCCCUAUUCGUGUGGAUUUCGACUGGGGAUUUCAAGAGGGAAGGCAAUGGGGUCGUGGGCGAAGUGGUGGACAGGUGCGUGAUGAAUAUCGUACUGAUUAUGAUCCUGGUAGAGGUGGGUAUGGUAAGUUAGUUCAAAAAGAGUUGGAAGCUCAAAGAUCACUUGUUGAUUAUGGAACUGGAUCAUUGGGAUCUUUCCCUCCAGUCAUGCAACCUCACUAUGGUAGACAUGGUGGAGGUCCGAAUCAUGGGGGUACUCAUCGGCCUGGUAGAGCAGAUUAUCCUCGGAAGCGGCACCGCGAUGAUGACCGCCACUCAUAUGACAACUCGAAGAGAAACUCGGAUUCUGAAUCGCGGAAGAACACUGAUCACGAAUCUAGACCAGAGAAAAACCCACGGUUUCGUGAGAGUGGUGACUCUGAUGACGAUGAAGAUGAGCAAAAGCGGCGAGCUUAAUCAGAUUCCACAGCAGGGGAUUGAUCAGUGGACCGAUACUUUAGUGCAGAUAGAAUUCAAGGGCGUCCAAAUCCGAAUGUUGACUGAAUUGUGACCCGGACAACCUGAAGACAUGGUUUUCUUUUGUUGAUUUCAUUUCUUGAAGGCUUAGUUUUCCGCACUUAGUCCUGCACAGGAGAGUAAUCAACUUCAUAUGUUAAUUAGUAAUUGCAUGGAUUCGAUUCGGCUCCAGAUAAGGAGACAGAAUGUGCCUUCUACUAAAAGAUACCCUACUUUUCAA